CGAAGCUUAAGUGACAGGCGUUAACUGGCAGCCAAACUGUAGACAUGUGUGGAAUAUUUGCCUAUCUCAACUACCAUGUGCCGAAGACUCGCCGUGAGAUCCUUGAGAUCCUCCUCAAAGGCCUGCGACGUCUGGAGUACAGAGGCUACGACUCUGCCGGUGUGGGAAUCGAUGCCGGUAAUGGCAAGGACUGGGAGUCAAAUGCCAAGAGUAUCCAACUUAUCAAGCAACGUGGAAAAGUGAAGGCUCUUGAUGAGGAGAUCAACAAACAAGAGGAUAUGGACUUGGAUGUGGAGUUUGAUGUUCACCUCGGCAUUGCUCACACCCGCUGGGCCACCCACGGUGUGCCAAGCCCAGUUAACAGCCAUCCACAUAGAUCUGACAAGACAAAUGAAUUCAUUGUCAUUCACAAUGGUAUUAUUACCAACUACAAAGACUUGAGGAAAUUCCUGGAGAGCAAAGGCUAUGAGUUUGAAUCAGAGACUGACACAGAGACAAUCGCCAAACUUGUUAAGUACAUGUACGACAACCGGGAGAAUGACGACAUCAGCUUUUCCACACUAGUGGAACGGGUGACCCAGCAGCUUGAAGGAGCGUUUGCCCUGGUCUUCAAGAGUGUCCAUUACCCUGGAGAGGCAGUUGGCACAAGGAGGGGAAGUCCUCUGCUGAUUGGAGUGCGAAGUGUUCACAAGCUAUCCUCAGAUCACAUCCCUGUGCUCUACCGCUCCUCUGCUAAAGAGAAGAAGAGCUGUGGCGCCCUUCCCAGGACAGACCAGGACACCUGCCUGUUCCCUGUGGAUGAGAAAGCUGUGGAGUACUACUUUGCUUCUGAUGCAAGCGCAGUGAUCGAGCACACAAACCGGGUGAUCUUCCUCGAAGACGACGAUGUGGCUGCUGUAAUGGAAGGCCGGCUGUCCAUCCAUAGGAUAAAACGGAGGGCUGGAGACUACCCAGCCCGGGCCAUCCAGACCCUGCAGAUGGAGCUGCAGCAGAUCAUGAAGGGCAACUACAGCUCCUUCAUGCAGAAGGAGAUCUUUGAGCAGCCAGAGUCUGUGGUCAACACCAUGAGAGGAAGAAUCAACUUUGAUGACAACACAGUGAUACUUGGUGGACUGAAGGACCACAUCAAAGAGAUCCAGAGGUGUCGGAGACUUAUCCUUAUUGCCUGCGGCACCAGCUACCAUGCUGGGGUAGCGACCCGCCAGGUCCUGGAGGAACUAACCGAGCUGCCUGUCAUGGUGGAGCUGGCCAGUGACUUCCUGGACAGGAACACGCCCGUCUUCCGAGACGACGUCUGCUUCUUUAUCAGCCAGUCAGGGGAGACUGCUGACAGCCUAAUGGCCCUGCGUUACUGUAAGGAGAGAGGGGCUCUGACUGUGGGAGUCACCAACACAGUUGGCAGCUCCAUCUCCAGGGAGACUGACUGCGGAGUCCACAUCAAUGCCGGGCCAGAAAUUGGAGUGGCCAGCACCAAGGCCUACACAAGCCAGUUUGUGGCCCUCAUCAUGUUUGCGCUGUUGAUGUGCGAUGACAGGAUUUCCAUGCAACCCAGACGCCGCGAGAUAAUUCAGGGCCUGAGGGUGCUUCCAGAUCUGAUUAAGGAGGUCCUCAGUUUGGAUGAUGAGAUUCAGAAGUUGGCAACAGAGCUGUACCAGCAGAAGAGUGUGCUGAUCAUGGGCAGAGGUUACCAUUAUGCUACCUGCCUGGAAGGUGCACUGAAAAUCAAGGAGAUCACGUACAUGCAUUCAGAGGGCAUCCUGGCUGGAGAGCUGAAACACGGUCCACUGGCCCUGGUGGAUAAACUCAUGCCGGUCAUCAUGAUCAUCAUGAGAGACCACACCUACGUCAAAUGUCAAAACGCCCUACAGCAAGUUGUCGCCCGACAGGGGCGUCCCAUCGUGGUCUGUGACAAAGAUGAUUAUGAGACCAUCAAGAGCUCCAGCCGCACCAUCAAAGUGCCUCACUGUGUGGACUGCCUGCAGGGCAUCCUGAGCGUCAUCCCCCUGCAGCUGCUGUCCUUCCACCUGGCAGUCCUCCGUGGUUACGACGUGGACUGUCCAAGAAACCUGGCCAAGUCUGUGACCGUAGAGUGAACCGCACCACUCAUCGACUAACGAAAGCCUGGCGGACAUACGUACAGACAGAGAGGGAGCAUCUGUAUACACAUACAGUACAAUGUCCUGUUCAUGUGUCCCAUGUCACGGCUCUUUUUAAUGCAAUCUUUAACUCAACAGUUGUGUAUCUCACUGUUACAUAUUAUCUAUCUCAUUGUCUAUUUUCUCAGAAACCUUUGGCAUUCUCGUCAUAUUAUUGCUAGAGAAGUUAUUGUGUCAGUGGUGGCAAGGUCUGGGCUGGCAGCGACACAUCUCCAUUUCUCUGUGUUUGUGAAUCCGUAGCAACUUUCCGGCAUUGAUCUAUGCUCAAAACUAGUGUGCAAGCUCACAGGGAGUUGUUGACUAACAGAUGUUAGCUUUUGAAGACCUUACUGGCUCUUUUUUUUUUCCUUUAGUGCAAUGAUUUGUAGUUAUUUAGUAUAUUUUUCUUUGGCAGCUAAUCAUUUGAAGUGUCUUUACUCCACUUAAAUCAUUCCAAGCCACAGGUCUCAGCUUCGUCAUAAUUGCAGCACAGAUGGAUUGGCUCCUUUAGUACACACCAAUUACUGCAGGAGCACCAUCGUAAGUGUGUAAUCUGCACCAAAGCUCAUGAAUACACUGUUGUGUAAAAUAAUCUUGAGCUUGCCUACAGUGUACAUUACACACUAUACAGGUUUCUAACUCUGAUCUUGGUGGUCUCAGUUAACAGGACUAAACCUCAUGUACUGAGCUGCCUAACACCAGAGUGUGAGACUUUGUUUUUGUUGCUAUACUCUGCUUUUUUUUUGUAUCAUUUCUGUAAAUCAUACUGUUACUUAAAGCUUUGUCUGCACAGGUUAGUUUAAUUCUUAUGUUGAUCUCUGUUGCCAAACAGCUGAAGACCUUUACUGCUGUUCUCUUGUCUCCAGUUUAAACACUAAACUGAAGUAAUUCAAGUGAGAUGAAGUUAGUUUACUGAAGUCGAAGUUGCACCCAGCUGCCAGCCCACACCCUGACACCAUGACUACUUCAAUCGCAAUAUUGGGACCAUUUGUAGCUGUUGUUUCUUUUCUUUUGUUACAUUUUGUUUUCUUAAAGGAAAAUGAAUUUUAUAUUAUUGAAGUUACUCUUUGAUUUGAAAUGUGAAUGUUACUGUCAUGAAAUGUCCUGUCAAACCAAAAAUCUUUACAAUGGCUUUGGCAGUUGUAAACCAAAACACACACACACACAUAUAUAUAUAUUGUAUGUUCAUCUUAUGUUAUUUUGUAGUCAAACAGGUACUGAUGCUGGUAGACUUUGUUAUAUGAAGAUGCUUCAGAUUUUAAGAGGGUAGAUACACAGUUACAUGGCUUUAUGUCAUAAUGUAGAUGUUAUUUAGAUAGUCAGAUGUCAGCUGUGUUUUUCUGUGAUCCCAAAUGUCUAUCAAAAAGCCAAGGAAUGAGUGACGAUGUUCACACACAGUUGUGAAGUGAAGAAAUAGAGGAGCUGCUUCAGUUCAGUUUUUUUUGUAACCUUUCACAUAUUUUAGGUUAAACACUUUGCUUUUGCAAUCAAGCCUUAACUUCAAGACACCUCCCCUCUCCCAACAUUGAGCUUUUCCUUAGUGUAAAAGUGAAAGGCUUUGAAAACUGGACGAUGAGGUUACAGGUAGUCGUGUAACCCACAGAAAUGAGCAGGCUUUUAUUUCUUGACUGGAGACAACUGCACUGAAUCCUAGCAACAUCCAUUGAGUUACUGGGGUACUAUUUAUUAGUGGAAUUGAUGCAAUAAAGUGUCAAGUACUU